AUGUACCAAUCUGGCCAUUAUCCCAACCACUAUCCCUCUCCUGCAACUCCCGCUGCUACUCCAAUGGCCUACUAUCCCCCCUUCCAGCAACAGCUGCCCCAGAAGCUCGAUCCAGCAGAGUUCCACCAGGAUCCUCCUGAGCCCUCCGUCACCCCCCGCGUAGCUUCAAAAGCCAUACAAAGACUCGUUACUCUCGAGCUCCAGAAUGCUGGCUUUGAGAGGGCCGUACAGCCUGCCCUUGAGCGUCUCGAGGUCGAAGUAGCAACAUUUGUCCAACAGCUAUUCCAACGCGCCCAUGAGUAUGCUAAUCUCGCAAACCGCGCCAGUGCGAUCGCCUCGGAUGUCUUGCUAGCCUGUGAGGACUUUGACAUUCCUCCCAAAGAACUCUACCAGACCAAGAAAGCCACGUCCAAGAGGAAGCGAUCAGCCGACAAGAACAUCGCAAAGCCUGCAACCCUUAUUCCCCCACCUUCUCGUUCUCCUUCGCCUCAACUUCUUCCCUCAGACGAUGAAGAUGCCCCCACGAAUACUCCUACCACUCUCAGGAAUCUGCCUCCCUACUUUCCAAAUCUCCCACCCAAGCAUACUUACCUUCAAACUCCCGCAUCGCCUCCAAAGAAAGCCGCCCUACCGUCACUUGAGAAGAAACUAAAAACAGCUGCUCUUGUUCAAGAAUCGCUCCAAAAUCUUCUCCUCGCCACAGAGGAUAACAUGAAUCAAGAAGACGGCGAACUCCUCGGUCAUAUCGUCAACUGGGAGAUGAACGUCCAACCAAGGAAAAGAUGGAAGGUCGGUGCCAAAUAA